GAGUCCAUUGGGUACAUGGAGUGCAUAAAAGCGUCGUCGAUUAGACGCUUGAAUGGGUCUACCGUGCACCCAGAACCCAAAACUCAGAACCUAUCACCCCGCACCCUGUUCUCUGUCAGCGCGAAAUUGGCUAACGGACAGCUUGGCGCACAUGUUCGAUUAUGGCCGAAUCGAGCGACCAAGCAGAACCAGCGGCACAUGACCUGGACUCGGUGGUGGCAAGUAUUUAGUUUGGCUUACGUGAUUGAAAUUGAGACAACCAGGACAUCAUGAUUGUCAACAUGCCCGUCAAUGGCACGGGCAGUGCAUCAAGCCCCACAUCGAAUCCCAGCAACAACAACAACAACAACAACAAUAAUAGUAACACCACCAAUCAAAAUAGUAAUACUAAUAAUACCAGUAAUCUUCCCGGUGAUUACAAUUUCCUGAAGCGCAAAUACGACGAUCAGGAUGAGUUAACAUUGGGUCAGGAUUACGAGCCCAUCGAAGUGAAUCCAUGGAAGAAGCGGCACUUGGACUACGAUGCCGGUGAUCUGCAAUUCCAUUUGCAGUUGGAACAGCCACCUAGCAAUCCAACCAAUGCUGCACCCGCCCAAUCUUCAACUUCUUUCAUCAAUGAUCUCUUUGCCUACGAUAGCAGUCUUCUUGUGCCCGCCGCCGCCUAUUCCCAUUGUCCACCAUCGAGUGCUCCUCUUGAGGACAAUGGCGGAUGGACGGGUGGCGAACUCCUAGAGCUGGAUCAUCGCUAUAAUUCCGGUUUGCAGGCGGAUCUGGGACAACUGAAUGCCACUCUACCGCCACCACAACAAUCAUCAUCAUCAUCAUCGUCACAGAACUCAUCGAAUCACAUACAAUCGAAUCACAUACAGCAGACUGCACAACAGAAUCCUCAGAAUCCUGGCCAGAAUUCCAAUCAAAACCCAAACUUUUUAGUGCCGCAGAAGCAGCGAAUAUUAUCGGCAGGUCGACGCACUUCAUCUGGUUCGGCAAAUGGUGCCAAUGAAGCCACCGAGGCUGAUUUUGAGGAUAAGAACCUGUCCUGGCUGCUUAACUUUAAGUUCGAUGAGUUUCCGCAUCUGUCGCCGCACAAUCAGGUUCAUGGACAGGCAGUGAAUCUGCCAGAAGGAAGUACUCCUCAUCCGCAUCCACCUCCUACAACGGCGGUGGCGAUCAGUACAUCGCCUUGCAGUUCCGCCUCGCCCACAUCCGCCUCCGCUGUAUCCGCCGUAUCUGCCACCAACUCGAAUCCAUCUCUGGGUUCCGGGAUUAUGGAUCAACGAGCCCGAUCGCCCAAUUCGGCGAUGCCAACGAGUGCUGGAACCGGCGGCGUUUCUAGUGUUCCUGCAAGUGGAUGUAUGGCUGGAGUGGGCACCACCAAAACGGGACGAAAAUUUGAGGAGCUGGUAAUGGAGGUCACCUCGGAGCUAGACGGCAAUGACAUGAUCGUAGCCGAGCACGUCGUCGUCGAAGAUACAUCUUCCAAGGCGCCAAAGAAACCACCGUUCACCUACACGGAGCUCAUCGAAUACGCCCUCGAGGAUAAGGGUGAGCUGACUGUGUCGGGCAUAUACCAAUGGAUAUCUGACCGCUUUCCAUAUUACAAAUCCAACGAUGAUCGCUGGAAGAACUCUGUGCGACACAAUCUCUCAAUUAAUCCACAUUUUCGCAAGGGCGUUAAGGCUCCCCAAGGAGCUGGUCACCUGUGGGCCAUAUCCAGCGGUGAUUCGGCAGAGAAUGUUCUGGCCUGGGAGCAUAAAAAACAACGCCUGGAUUUGUUCUUCAAAAUGGAGUCCAUCAACCGUGAGCGCAUACAGCAGCAUCAGCAACAGCAGCAGCUGCAGCAACAGCAGCAACAUCAGCAGCAACAGCAGCAGCAACAACACUCGCCGCAACAGCAACAUCAGACGACACAUCAACAUACAACACAGGCCAGUAGUUGCCUGUACGAUGAAGCGGCAGUGGCAGCGGCAACUCUUACCCAGGAAAUGAUGCAGACGUCCGGUAGUGCUGGCAGUGAGGCCAAUCAGCAGCAGCACCACCACCAUAGCCACCAGAACCAUCACAAUCACAAUCAUCACCACCAAAGACUGUUGCCAUUCAAUGAUCUCCUAAGCGACGAUGAGCUACGAAAGACGGCGGGUCAGAUCCUGAACGGAAUCCAUCGUGAGGUCGAGGUGCAGUCUGUUAACUCCAUCAUCAGUACUUACCACGAUGUCCUGCUAGAUAAUGAAGACUAUCUCAAUCCCAUACACAAGGAUGUGGUGGUCACGGAAAGUGUCCUGCGGCAGCAACAUGGCAACUUGGGUAGCGGCAAUAGCAACCAUUUGGCUGGUAAUGGCCACAUGGGCAGCGGUAGCUCCCAGUACUACAUCACCGAAAUCGAUCCUAUGGAGUUGGGCAUUCAGAUGUCACACCAGGCUGAACCUUCCGAGGAAGAAGUUCUCUUUAGCGACGAGUUCAACCUCAACUACUUUGGCUAUAAUCCCGGCAGUGAUAUCGUCGCUUGACCGCGCAGACAACAGACGCCAGUUUCAGCUCCGCCAGCUCCCGCUCAGCCAAGCAAUUGAAAUAUAUAUAUUGCUCGAUCCUGCUCCAUGUCAUGACAACAAUCGUAAUUGUAGCCGAUGUACCCAUAAGCCAACUCUAAACGAAUACUAGUCACACUUGAACAACACUUACAUGUAACCACCUAAACCAAAACCCCCAUUUAACAUUUACCAUUUAGACCCUAUGUAUAGUCUAGUCUUGAGUGUACCAAUAAUGUCCCAAACCCCUUAUUUUUUUUGUCUAUGCUUUAGUUGAAUACCUAGCCGAUAAGUAGCUUGCUAGCCUUAAGUACUUAUCCGUAUAUCUAUGUAUCUAAUUGCCGAUAUAACAUACUUAGCUCUUGCUCCUCUUCGAAUUUAGUUAAGUGUUUUUACAUCUAGCCGAAUAUCCGUAAAUAAUACCAGACAAAAUGAUCUCCUCUUCUCUUAUAUGUUAUCAAAACUAGGACUAGAGAGCAGAUGAACUAAUACUAACAUUAGUGUGUGAGGAAAAGGUUCACGGUUUCCCUUACCCAUGUCCGUAGAACUAAUGGCACCUAACUGGUUUUUAUUCAUUAUGGCAAAAUAAACAUUUUUUU